CCAUGACAGCCUCCAAUGUUACCACAACUCAUCCAACUUCCUUCCUGCUGGUAGGAAUUCCAGGUUUGGAACACCAGCAUGUCUGGAUCUCUAUUCCAUUCUCCUUCGCCUAUACUCUGGCCCUGCUAGGUAACUGCACCCUCCUCUUCAUCAUCCAGACCGAUGCAGCCCUCCACGAGCCCAUGUACCUCUUUCUGGCCAUGCUGGCAGUCAUUGAUCUGGUUCUCUCUUCUACAACACUUCCCAAAAUGCUAGCUAUUUUUUGGUUCAGAGAUCAGGAGAUCAACUUCUAUGCCUGUCUGGUCCAGAUGUUCUUUCUCCACUCCUUCUCUAUCAUGGAGUCAGCAGUGCUUCUGGCCAUGGCCUUUGAUCGCUAUGUGGCUAUCUGCAAGCCACUGCACUACACCACAGUCCUGACUCGGUCCCUUAUCACUAGGAUUGGCAUGGCUGCUGUGACUCGGGCUGUGACACUAAUGACUCCACUCCCCUUUCUGCUCAGACGUUUCCACUACUGCCGAGGCCCCCUAAUUGCCCACUGCUACUGUGAGCACAUGGCUGUGGUAAGGCUUGCCUGUGGGGACACUCGCUUCAACAAUAUCUAUGGCAUUGCUGUGGCCAUGUUUAUAGUGGUGUUGGACCUGCUCUUUGUUAUCCUGUCUUAUAUCUUCAUCCUUCGAGCAGUUCUACAGCUUGCCUCUCAGGAGGCCCGUUACAAGGCCUUCGGGACAUGUGUGUCUCACAUAGGUGCCAUCUUGUCCACCUACACACCUGUGGUCAUCUCCUCAGUCAUGCACCGUGUGGCUCGCCAGGCUGCCCCUCAUGUCCACAUACUCCUUGCUAUUUUCUAUCUUCUUUUUCCACCCAUGAUCAACCCCAUCAUUUAUGGCAUCAAGACCAAACAGAUUCGUGAUCAUGUGCUCAGUCUAUUUCAAAGAAAGAAUGUGUAGAUGCAUACUUUUUCCUUAUCUAUCAGUUCAGUACUGAAUGCAUGCUGGAUUGAGGCAGAGAGAAAAAAUCUCAAGUAGGAAAAUUGUAAUCUCCAAGUUUGACAAUUCUUUAGUAUGACAAGGAAAAUGAGGUUUUAUUCCUCACAGAUCCAGUUAGAUCAAACCAGGUAUGUCCCUUUAGUCCAUCUGGUAGCAGAGGUUUGACCUUCCUUUUUUCAUAGACCUAUCACAUGAUUAAGAAAAACAAAGAAGCUUCCAAAAUGCCAUUGUCAUCUAGGUGAAAGACAAUAGGAAUAUUGGCUGAGAUUGGCACAAGUUGAGGUUUUGUGAACUCUUCAUCUAGACUGAGUAAUUAACCACAAAUUUUGUGACCCGAAGGCCAGCAUUACUUCCAGUACUAUAACUGCUUCCAUAGUUUUUUUAAGUGGCCUCCAGCCUCUGCCACUCUAUUAAGCCUACUACACCCAAUGUUAUUGGCUCUACACUUGGACAGCUCCACUUCUAAGCAGACUUAUUUCUUCCACUAAGUCAGUGUGAAUCAGAAAAGAAGAUCAAGGAACAGCCAAUUCCUUUGUUGAACAUUUAACAAAGGAGUCCU